AUGGCUCCCAAGCACACUUGUGUUCGGGAGGUCGUCCCAGAUGAGAGUCGAAGAUGCUAUCCGCCUAGCCAUGACCAUCUUGUCUCGGUAGACGCACGAAGAGAUGCUCCUAUCAGCUCCAAGGAAGCACUGAGACUUUUUGAGGUUGAGCUGGCGAAAUUGAAACAACUGGGUAAAACAGAACAGAUCACGAAUAGCAUCACACAAUCCGGACAAGCGCAAGGCCAAGGGAAUAAUCAUGCCUAG